GGACGCUGGGCAGAAGACUCCCCCGGUUGUGAUUGUGGAUGAGCACUCCACCUCCGAGCCCCACGUUCUGGCGGGCACGACUGCUUCGGACCUUCCCCCGGCACAGAAGGGUGAAGUAGGCUUGCCCCGGGAGGACAUACAGUUUUCCCUCCUGAAGGGGACCGCCAUCCUGCAUGUCACUUUGGACCCUCGGGAGUUCUUGGGCGGGGCCACUCCUUCGCUGGAUAGGACAGCCCUCGGCAGGCUUGACGAUGAUGCCCUCGAGUCUAAGAUCCUUCGGUCAUCUCUCACUGCCUGCAUAGCCCUCGGUGAGCAUGCCCGGAGGUUCGACGAAUGGCGCCUUCACAAGGCCCAACAGGAUGAGGCCAUGAAGAAGCUCAUCCGUGAGAAUGCUGACGCCGUGAGGCAGAUGGCACGGCUUGAAGAGGACCUUCGGCAGACGAAGGCUGAGGCGGAGAGAGCCACACAGGAGAAGGCUGAAGCUGAGAGGGCCACUGCUGAGGCCGCGAAGAAAGCCGUCGAGGAGGCCGAGGCCGCCAAGGCGGAAGUUGUUGCUAGUGCGGUUGCCGCUUUCAGCGCCAAGGGGUGGAGGGCCGAAGGCCACAAGGACUGGGUGGCUUCGGUGGUGGAGGCGUCUGUUGAUGAGUGGGUGAAAGGCCCCGGGGCGAUGUGGCCAGCCCGAAAGGGCAAAGAUUAUUAUGCUGGGG